AUGUGGACAGAGAACAAGGACAAGCCAUGUGAUAUUGGUGUCACCCCCUCCCAGCCCCUUUCAGCCCUUCCCAGCCCAGCCAACCCCAUCCCAGCCAACCCCAGCGCAGCCAACCCCAGCCCAGCCCAUCUCAGCCCAUUCCAUCUCUGUCCAUCCCUUUCCAGCCCCUCCCAGCCCCUUUCAGCCCUUCCCAGCCCCUCCCAGCCCAGCCAACCCCAGCCCAGCCAACCCCAGCGCAGCCAACCACAGCCCAGCCCAUCUCAGCCCAUCCUAGCCCCUCAUCCCAGCCCCUCCCAGCCCAUCCCAAUCCAUCCCACCCCAGCCCCUCCCGGCCCCUCCCAGCCCAUCCCACCUCCUCCCAGCCCAGCCAACACCAGCAUAGCCCACUGCUUUCCUUUCCCUGUCUAG